CAGCCCCGGCAGACGCCAUUGCGUGAUCGGCCGCUGUGCAUCCAUUUUGGGCGGCUUAGCUGCUCCUCAUCUUUUGUUCUCCUGCUUCAUUUCUUAGACACCUCUGCUUGCUCACGUCCUCUAACGACCUCUCGUUCCGUAUUCCAUCUCCCCAGCCAUGGCCCCCGUCGAGACGGAAUUCUAUGACCUGCUGGGCGUGUCCCCGGACGCGACCGAUAGCGACCUCAAGAAGGGGUACAGGAAGGCUGCCAUGAAGUACCACCCCGACAAGAACAAGUCCCCGGAGGCGGAGGAGAAGUUCAAGGAGAUAAGCAAGGCGUACCAGGUCCUCUCCGAUCCCAAUUUGCGUGCGGUGUACGACAAGCAUGGAAAGAAGAUGACGGAGAAAGAGGGCGCCUUUGGCGUCGACGACGCCGCAGGCUUUUUCGCGAACGUCUUCGGCGGGGAGCGGUUCAAAGACUACAUCGGCGAGAUAUCCCUCAUGAAAGAGAUGACCUCCACCGCCGCCGCGAUGAUGACCGACGAAGAAAAGGCCGAGUUCGAGAGGGAGCUCAACGGCGGCGCCUCGCCCGCCGUGCAGUCGCCAAACGCCGAGGAGCCGGCGGCCACCGCCAUGCUGAGCGCCUCCGCGUCCGCGCCCUCCUCCCCGCCGCGCAGCGCUUCCCCGCUCUCGCCCGCCGCCAACGGGACCCCGCGCCACUCGGUCAUGCUCUCCCCCACGCCAUCCGCGACCGACGCCUCCUCGAAGCACCUCGCCAAGGACGACACCGAGAAGCCCCUCUCGAAGGAGGAAAAGGAGGAGCGGCGGAAGAAGAGCAAGCUCACGCCGGAGCAGAAGCGGAAGCUCGCGGAGCUCGACGAGGAGCGCCAGCGCGCGAUGCGCGCGCGCGUCGACGACCUCACGCGCAAGCUGGUCGAGCGCCUGCGCCCGUUCGUCGACGCGCAGCGCCCCGGGGACCGCGGCGACCCCGAGACGCUCGCGUUCGAGCAGCGCGUGCGGCGCGAGGCGGAGGAUCUGAAGCUCGAGAGCUUCGGCGUCGAGCUCCUGCAGACGAUCGGGAAUGUGUAUAUCAUGAAGGCGACGUCGUUCAUGAAGUCGAGGAAGUUCCUCGGGAUCCCCGGAUUCUGGUCACGGCUGAAGGAGAAGGGCGCCGUCGCAAAGGACGCGUGGGGCGUCAUCGGCAGCGCUGUCGGCGUGCAGUCGCUGAUCGCGGAUAUGGAGAGGUUACAGGCGAAGGGCGCGAGCGAGGAGGAGCUGCGAGCCUUGGAGAUGGACGUAACGGGCAAGAUCCUCCUCGCGUCGUGGCGCGGCACGCGGUUCGAAGUGGUGCAGGUCCUACGUGAGGUCGUGGACAACGUCCUGAAGGAGCCCGGCGCGUCGGAGCAGACUCUGCUCAACAGGGCGAAGGGCCUUCUCUUGAUCGGCGCGAUCUUCAAGUCGACGCAGCCGGACGAGACGGACGAGGAGCGGCGCGAGCUCGAGCGAAUGGUCGCAGAGGCCGCGCAGGGCAAGUCGAAGCACCACCAGCUGCGCGCACAGGCGCGCGCCGCGGGCAAGUCAAGGGAGCACACGCCCUCGCCGAGCGUCUCGGACAACCUGAAGCCGAAAGAGCAGCCUGCGGAGGCGGCGAGCUCAUGAGCGUCCUCCCCUUCCGCUUCUCUGUUGCUUUCUGGUCGUGGUCUCCGUCCCGGACAACUCUCUACUAGGCUAAACUAUGUUAGAUCUGCUUACUUCUGCUCUAAUUUGCUGUUGUGGUGCACUGAUUGGUAUAAUGUGGCAGUCAUGAUGGAGUACAUACAUACAUAUAUACGUUCUCACGGGGAAUAUAGCUUAUAGAUAGGCUGUGCUGUGGUAUACUAUGUCGUGGCUGCGGUGAGUGGUGCGGCUGAGCGGCAUGAGAAGAGGGGGAGGCAUAAACCAAGAUUGCCUGUCGUCGAGCGGAUCGUUACCGUGCUUUCAUGUCGUCAAAGUCCUGCUUGAUCGAUACCUGAGCAUAGGUGUGCAGUAGAGUAUCGAGCACUUCGUUACUACUGUGCUUUCAUGUCGUCAAAGUCUUGCUUGACUUGAGCGUAAAAGUCGG